AGUUGUAUGAUAUCUAAUAUUUUGUACUCAAGGAUCACUUAAGUAUUUUAUGGUAGUCUAAUCAGAUUUUGAUUGCACUAUUCAUAAGUACAAUAAAUAUAUCCUGAUUAUCAAAAAAUGUCAUGAGUAAAAUUCAAAUUUUUGAAAAUAUAAAAUAUCGGUUAAUAAUUUUAAUUAUUUAUGGUUAUGUUAUUUGAGUCGUACAGCACAAUUAUAUAUGUUAGUUUCAAUUAAUCAAAAGAAGUUAGUAUGACAUUGAUAAAAGAUGAUUUUAAAAAAGCAUUUGCUACCCUCAAACCUGUGUGCGAUGCUUUUAUAACAGAACCUAAUUCAGAAAAUUCAAAAAGAUUUAUAGAUGCACUAGAAUUGCUUCCAAUCAAUUCUUUAGAUCCUCUACAUCGCUACAUACUAAUUCCUAUAGAAGUACAUUUAAAAAAUAAUACUAAUUCCAAUUUCACUUUAAAUGUAUUAGAUGUCCUUUCAAUAUUUUUACAAAAAAUUUCUAUUAAUGUAUGGCCUACAUUUAGCACAAUUUAUUCUCUGUUAGUUUCUAAAUUGUUCAACAAAAGUUAUCCAGAUAAAGAGUCUGAUGCUUCAGAAGAUUUAAAGUUAAAAGUUCUAAUAUCUAUCAAUUUGUUGGUUGAAAAAUCAGAUAAAGCUAUUAUAAUUUAUUUGUAUAAUGAUGCAGAUUGUAAAAAUGUUGGUUAUUUUAUAUAUAUUUGCACAAAAAUAAUAAGGAAUGAAAAAAUGAAUAUUCUUAGGUUUGAAGCUCUUAAAAGUAUUCAAAUUUUGACAAGUGUUUGGAAAAAAAUAAAUGAUUAUAAUAUCUCGAAUAAAAUAGUUCAAAAUUUGAUUAAAUUUAUACCUGGUAUUUUAACUAUAUGCACUUUUGUAGCUAAAGCUCCUGAUACUCAACAUCAUUCUUUGACAGUGGCUGCUUUGAAUUUGUGGAGUUCAAUUACUUCUUUAAUUAUAUGCGAUGAGAAUUUUAUAGUAGAAUCUAAUCAAUAUUAUAAAAAUCCCAACAAAAAUAAGAAUUUCUAUGAGGAAUUAAAAAUAAUAAGUGAUUGGAUCAAAGAAAACAAUCAAAAUUUCAAACUAGUUGCAUCUCAAUUGAUAAAAACUAGAGAACAUCAUCAUUGGAGAGUGAGAUUACAAUUAGCCAUUUCUUGUGAUAUAUUGUUAAAUAAAUGUACAAGUUCUUUAGAAUCUUUGGUAACUGAAUUAGUUGAAACUCUGUUAAUCUUAUGUGAUGAUAAACAGCCACAAGUUGAUAAACUAGCUAAUGAAACUGUUUCCAAAUUAAUGAAAAGUUUUGAUGGUAAUAACAAAAAGACAUUAAUUGAACUUCUUGAAGAAAGUUUUUAUGCUCUAUUGACAAGAAUUCCACGUUCUAUAAGAAUGUCAAAUAUUUCUAAACAGAUGACUGAAUUGUCAUUAUUAUUAGGGUAUCUUAAGCUCUUUGGAUAUUCUCAUUUACCUCGUAUUCUUAAUUCACAUGCUCAUUUAGAUCGUAUGAUUACUGUUCUUAUGGAAAUAAUUGAGCUUGAGCAUACAAAUAUUAUUUUAUUGGAAGAUAAUUCAAUCAGAGAUUUGAAAAAUGUAAACAUAAUGUCUAAAGAAUCAUCUUUAAAUGAUCCUUGGAAACAAUUAGUUCAUUUUAAUGAUACUUCUGCUUUAUUUAAAGUAGAAAGUAUUUGUAAGCUUAUAGGGAUGUAUGGAGAUUUAAAUUAUAUAGUAAGAUACUUAAUGGACUUAUUUGAAACCAAGAUAUUUUGCAGAAGAGAAAUUACAUUUUUAUUAAACUUAAUUUUAUUAGAAGGGAAUGAUAAUAAUCAUUACAAUUUAGUUAGUGAUGUAAUACAAUUAUAUUUAGAACCUGAAACUUGGUACUUAUCAACAGUUGUUAAUGAUAAAUUAUCUCAAAAUAUAUCAGAUACUCAAAAGAAUGUUAUUCAAAUCUGUCUUAUGACUGAAGGUCUUGGUCAAUUAAUCUGUUCUCUUGAUGUAGAUAAACAACAUGCAUGUUUAAUUCAUUGUUUAUAUCCAAUAUUAGAACGUAUAGGAUCUGAACUCAAUCCAAUAUCUUUGGCUGGUGAAAAAGCAAUAGUACUUCUAUCUAAAUCAGGUGGUUACAAAGAUCCUGUUGAUAUUAUAAUACAAAAUUCAGAUUAUUUGUCACACCAUUUCAGCUCCAAGUUAUGGACAUUAUGUGAUCACCCUGAAGUUUUAAAUGCACUUAGUGUAGUUAUGAAUAUUGGCGUGAACGAAAAUUUAUUAAGAUCAUUCCAUGCUAUAGUCACCGAUGUUUUGGUUCAAAGUUGUGAUAUUUACCGUGAAGAUUAUUUCAAUUCAUUUUUAAAAGUAUUCUAUAUAUUUGUGGUUUGUGUUCGAAAUUGGUCACAAAAUAUUAAUAAAAAACCACAAUUGAAUCCUGAUAAAGUUUUGCAAACUUCUGAUUGUUUUAUUGAAAAUAUUUUGCAAUACCACCGAAUGAUGACAAUGGAUUUUAGUUCUGACAAUGAAACCUGGAAAAAUGAUAUACCUAGUACAAAUAACGAAGAAAAUAAGGAACCACUACCAUCAUAUGUACAAAUGGUCAUAUCAAUUAUGAAACGCGUGUUAAAUUUUUUACCUUUACAACAUCAUUUUGUUCCAUUACAAAUUCUAAAUGAAGGUUUAUAUGUUUUAUCUAACUAUGAAAAUCAGUUACUGCCAAUUAUCCAUAAAAUAUGGUCACCUUUAUGUACUAAAUUUAAUGAGAAAUCUAAUGAUUUAGUUUUUCGAGAAGCUUUUAAUUUACUUAAUACCAUGGGAAUUUUGUCUAAAGAUUUUAUAAGAUCACGUUUAUUAAAACAAGUUAUACCAAGUAUUAUUGAUCGUCUUAAAUCUAGUUCGAAAGAAAGUAGAAAUAUACAUCAAGACAGUUUUUAUUUUACUAAUCAUAAAUAUAAACUUCAAUCUACUAUUUUGAAAAAUAUAGGAGAUUUAGUUCUAAAUUUGAACUUUUUGGAGAAAGACUUGUAUGAAGUUUUGAACUCUGUUGCAUAUUAUUUGGAUAAAAAUCAGCCACUAAUUUUACAAGAAUUUUCUCAGGAAUUUUAUUUAAAAUUAUACAAAAAGCAUCCUGAUUAUACGUGGAUUUUUUUACAAUCAUUAUCUAUUGAUGAAUAUGAGUACAAAUCAAAAAAUGAGAAACUUCCUUCAAUUAAAGUUUACAGUUUAUGCGAUUUGAAAAAGAAAAAUAUUUUGAAAAAUGUCAAUAAAUUAUUACAAAAAAUGGAUUAAAAUAAUUGAUUAUUUUUUAGUAUUAAAAUUUUAACAUGAGCUGUGAUAAUAAACUUAUAUUUUUUUUUUAGCAAUAUAUUAUUUAUUAAUAACUAUAUAAUUCACUUAUUAUUUAACUAAGUGUU